GAUUUGAGGGAGGAGGCAUUAAUUAGGUGAGUUUCCUCAUCUUGAUAUGAACACCAGGCUACACUGAGUCCGGGCUGACGUCACAGAGGCGCGCCUUAAAACCAAAGAGCUCAUCUCUCAGAGAUGAAUGGUUUGAUCAUACACACACAUACGCACACACGCGCACACGGACAACACACAGACAUGUGCUUUGGAUUGUAACCGAGAGCGCGGACUUUGCAGACGCGGCAGCGCGAGUACCAGGGAAGGCGAGAAGUUACUUUUUCCAUGACUCUCCAUCGUCUGUGCGCGGACUGAAAGUGGUGCGUAAAUGUAUGCGCGUCCCCGUUUGGAUAACGUGGUAAAUGACAGCCAAGUGUGGAAACUUGACCAGGGGAAAUUGUUUAGUUACAACAGUGUCAACAGCGGCAAAAGUGCACAUGUGCCACGGAUGCUGCUGAGUGUCGCUGCGGCUCUGCGCUCCUGCCUCUGUCAUCUGAUCUGAUCUGAGACAUGGCUUACUCUCAGCUGGGAUAUCCAUACUCCACCACACCACAGUUUCUGAUGACCUCCAGCUCUCUGGCCAGUUGUCUGGAGCCUGCAUCGCCCCGCUCUCACCCGGUGCUGCGCUCCCCGGGGCACCAGCUCACUCCGGGCACCGGCAUCGGAGUGUACAGCGGCCCUUAUCCAAGGAGCCAGGGCUACUACAACACCUGCUCCAGCGACGCCACCGCUCUCUACUCCAGAGGGCCACUCGAUGCCAAAGAGGGAGCUGCAUCUGUGCAUGUGGGCACAUCUCAGACUCCUGCCUACUAUCCUUAUGAAUACACAUUUGGACAAUAUUCCUAUGACAGACAUGGGUAUUCCUGCUCUGACAGUGCUUCCCGUCGUAAAAAUGCCACUCGUGAAACCACCAGCACCCUGAAAGCCUGGCUGCAGGAGCACCAGAAGAACCCGUAUCCCACGAAGGGAGAGAAGAUUAUGCUCGCCAUCAUCACCAGGAUGACACUCACACAGGUGUCUACAUGGUUUGCCAACGCACGCCGGAGGCUAAAGAAGGAGAACAAGGUGACCUGGUCACCAAGGGCUUGCAAAGGCUCCGAUGAUCGAGGCUGUGAUGAUAACAGUGAUGAAGCUGAGAAGACACUUAAAGAUGACAAAGACCAGUCUGAGCAACAAUGUGCAGACCUGCAGAGUGAUCUUGAAGACUUUGACCUGCUGGAAUCGGACGCUUCCGACUGUGAUCCGAAGCCACAAUACCUACCUGAGGACAGCGAAGAGAGCUCAAACACAAAUCUCCCUCACGGGCAUCUCACAGAUCCAGAUUCCCUGCACAGAGAAGAGAGACUGUCCCCCGACUGUCCCAGACUCACAGCAGUCCAACACCAAAACACCUCCUUCUAUCCGAAUCCAGACCUCCGAGGUGCAGACGCCAAGCCCAAAAUAUGGUCCAUUGCCCAAACUGCAGUGUCUCUGGACGGCAGCUUGGAGCCAGAGUAUCCUCCAUGUAUGCUGUCGACCGCCGGGUCCUCCUCACCCGUCUAUCCAUCAACUAUGGGGCUCAUUAACAGAGACAGGCAGCAGGAAUCACCGGUGGCCACGCUCAGAGAAUGGGUGGACGGAGUUUUCCACGUUCCCCCUUUUCUACAGCCCAAACCGGCCGAGGUGUGGAAAGGUUUGAAUGACGCUAUGAUGGACAGCAGAGCACCGGGACAAUCCUUUGAACUCGUGAGGUCCACAUCGUCUUUGUAGUCCGACCCGACGCAACAAACUCUGUCAAAGACCGCUGGACUUUUUCCAUUCGUACAGAAACUCUGGCAGAAGAUACAAUGCAGUUCCUUUUAGUUAUUUUGGAUACAAUUGAUUUUGAAGGCGAGGGUUGACAAAAGGCAGACUUCUCAUUCAUCACUGGCUCUGUUAAGUUCAAAAACAAAUAUUCUGACUGACUUUUUAAUGUUGCAAAUAACUUGUUUUCGGUGUGUCUUAAUUUUGCACUUGAUGGCCACGUCAGACGACGACGAUGCCCGAGCUGAAAGACUGAAGAAGAGGCUAAAGUUUCCUGUCGAUACGGAAGCUGCAACAAUCGUUGAGUGCGUGGAGCGUCCAACAGUUGGCUAAUUAAGCGCUUGUCUACUUGCAAAGCCAAGAAACACAAAACAUACAAGAGAUUAAAAUCACAAGUUGUGUUACAAUAAGAAAAUUGAAAGGCCCCCCACCCGGGAGCCGUGGAUGCUCAAAUGUGAGCAAACGCACAAACACAUACACACUCUUCCCUGCAGCGAGGUUGUUUGAUUCACACAUAUGAAAAAAUAUACCGUCUUGUACACUUGCACUAUAGCCUUGCACAUGCACUGGAGUCACAAAAAUAAAAGGUGUAUUCUGUAUAGCAUGGCAAUUUUUUUCUGAGUGUGCCCUUACAUCCGCUGGAACCAUUAGUGAUAUCGGUUUAGAUGUUGUAAAAUCCCGUUGACGAACAGUAGAAUACACCUCUGACGCCUGCAAUAUAUAUACGCGUCGUGUGUGUGUGUGUGUGUGCGCGUGUAUACAGGAUCUAUGUGUGUGCAUGUGUGUUUUGAGGAAGUGAAAGCGGGGAAGUGGAUGGUAUUCAGCCGUGACUAAUGGAAACCCACAGAGGAGGGUCCUGCUAAAUUGUUAAAUCGAUGCCACUUCCACCUCAGCUCCAGAUAUAGCUGCAAUCAGCGAUGCGUCCCUUUUCAUUAGGCGGCUUUUGACUUUGUCAACCUGGGACCGCGGGAAAAUCCACUGUGUGUAAAAUACUUAAUGAAACCUCUCAAGUACUUUUAAGUAAGUGUGUCAUCUUUAUCCACUUAGGUAAUAUUUUCUUUUUUUUUCCCAUAAAAAAAAAGUACAGGAAAAUAAGGCUGAGCUGAAUAUUUGAUACAAAUAAAUUGCCCUCAAUUUUAAUUAUUAAAGAAAACUUCACAUAUUUACCACAAGAAAAACAUUCAAGCUAGCACUUUCUAAAACAAAAGCAUGACAAGAAACUGUGAGAAUCUUUUUUUCUUUUUCUUUUUUCCCCUCCUGCAGUUUUUCGAUUUAGAAACAGUAAUAAAGAAUUCAUCAGAACAGAGGAGGGAUCUUCCUGGGCUUUGUAUGGAAUUAACCAUUUCAAAUUAAAUAAUUCAGGAUGAACCCGACCGUGAAUUUCAUUCUGUUUCUGCCUCAUAAAUAAGUCAGACUUAAGAUGAUAAAUAAUGACAUCUGACUUGUUUCAGUAAAGUUUUCUUUCUCUUUUAAGGAGGCUGGAGAUUUUUUUUCUUCUUUUUAAAGUCAUUGCACUAAAACAGAUAUUGUUCUUUUCCUUUCUGACAUUUAAGGUGGUGAAAAAGUCGUGGUGUGACGACGUAUACUGAGCUGCAGUCAG